AUGCUGGGUAUCGGUGCUGCUCAUCAGCAGGAUCCCAACGGUUUCGCGUGGAAGCAGAAUAAGGACUUCGAGAGCCUGCUCAAGCGUUUAAACGAAGCGAUUCCCAAAGAAACACCUGCUGAUGGAAAGAAGGAAGAUACUGACUGGGAGGAUGCACAUGUCGAGGAGAAAGACAGAGACGAAGGCGAGAAGAAAAAGAAGAAAAGAAAACACGGAAACGGACACGGGGAAGGAGAUGGCGAACGGGAUCAGAAAAAGAGAAAGGAUAAGACAGAGACCAUCAAGGUCAUGAAGGUCGAUGAAACAGUAGAAGAGAAGACGGAAACCGUUUCUGUCCAGGUCAAGACGAUUGUUCCUCGACAUCGUGCCCAUCGUGCUCGCGCGAUAGCUGCGAAAAAUAUCUCGUCGAAAUCAGCGUCCCACAUCUCCGAGAUUCUGGGAAUCGCGCCGUCGACCUCGACCUCGACAAGAGAACAGAGUGUGGACCCUUCUCAGGGAAAACUAACUGACAUGACCGACACGGAGGGACUGACGAUUGAAAAGAUCACCACCUCUACUAAGAGUGUCACGGAAUACUUCAAGGAAAAGUUACUUGCCCGAUCUACGAAGACCAGUGGAACGUCGACACCAUCAUCCCCUGCAUUCAGCAAUUCUCCUGCCGAUACGAACGACACUUACGACGAUGCGUACGAUGCUCCGCGAACGGGCCUUGGUGCUUCUCAACUGCGACUGGAAAUACAUUCGGAGACGGAAAUCGAAGAAGAAACUCGGCGAAUAGGCCUGUCGAAAUUCACUUCCCUCAUGUCCUCUUCGUUCCAUGCGUCGACGACUUCGUACUCUGCCCUAUCGACUUCCUUCGUUAGCUCCUCUGCACCAAAAGAAGAGGAGGGGAUAGCUUAUAUCUCAGAGGCGGAGCCUGAACCUACUCCAACCGACCAGAAACGUGAACAGGAGAAGAAAAGAAAGCGGGGCAAAAUGGAUGCCGAGGCAUGCGCUGAGUUUGAGACACCAGACGAUCAUGCUACGCAGGAGAAAAGGUCGAAGAAAAACAAGAAAGGCAAGAGGAAGGCAGAGCCCGAGGACGAAGAGGAGAAAGACGUUGAUAAAGCCAAAAAGAAGAGACACAAAAAGGAAAAGAAAGAGAAGAAACAAAAGGUCGAAGCGGAGGUGGAAGUACAAGAAAAUGUUGACGUUCAAGCACACGAGUCUGAUAAGACUCUGAAGGAAAAAAGGAAACACAAGUCAGAAAGACCAGAAACCCAGGAACCUGACAAAGGCACCAAAAAUUCUCGGAAGGAGAAGGAAAGGCAUCGGACGUCGAGCAGAGGUGCUUCAUACAUAACGAUAGAUUGA